GAUGGAUGGUAUCACACAAGCCCAAGGAGGGACUGGGGAAGGAGCGCCCAUCAGCAGUAAUGAGCUGAGCCCACGCUACAGUCAGUGAGCUGCGGCAAAGUGAUCGCAGAAACUUAAUUUUUUUCCUGCCGUCGGUACAUCAUUUGCUUAAACUCCUUAAGCGUCACACUUAUGGUUUUGAUGACGGGAACUCCUUGUCCCACGCGCCAGGUGUACUCGCUUUUUUCUUCCUGAACUGGUCGCUCGAUUUUUUUUACGCGUUGAACCAAAUGCAAUAGGACACAAAAUGGACCUUGGAUACAGUUUGGUACUUCUAUUCACGUACUUUAUGAUAGGGAAGUGCCGAUCGGACGUGGGGAUGAACAUAACGGUGGCGGUGAUGCUCCCGGAUAAUUAUGAUAAGUAUCCCUGGGCAUUGCCAAGGGUCUUCCCGGCUAUACGCAUGGCACACGAGGAGGUCCAGAAGGAGCGCCUCUUGAAGGGCUACUCCAUCAACCUCCUGAACAUCAGCACGGAGGUGCAGGGCAGCGGCUGCUCCGAGACCAGGGCUCUCAUCAUCGCCGUGGACACCCUGUACAGCAAGCCAGAUGCCUUCUUCGGACCUGGGUGCGUGUACUCAGUGGCCUCGGUGGGAAGGUUUGCGACCCACUGGAAACUACCUUUGAUAACGGCCGGGGCACCAGCUUAUGGUUUCGAUGCCAAGACGGAGUACAAAACCAUCGUGAGGACGGGGCCCUCCACCAGCAAACUCGGGGAGUUUGCUUUUUACCUACACUCGCAUUUCAACUGGACCAGCCGGGCGGUUUUGAUCUACCUGGACCUAAAGACCGACGAUAGGCCGUAUUACUUUCUCUCCGAAGGCAUUUACACUUUCCUGCGGCAAGAAAACAUCACCAUGGAGGCGCUUCCCUAUUCUGCCACCGAGAUCGGCGAUUACAAGGAGAUUAUAGCCAACAUUAAAGAGUCUGGACGGAUUGUUUAUGUCUGUGUACCCCUGGAUAUCUUCCACCAUAUACUGAAGGCGUUUCAGAGUGAGGGAUUAAACCCGGAAGACUACGCCAUCUUCUAUCUGGAUAUGUUCGGGGAGAGUCUGCGAAAUGGAGCAUACAAACCUUGGCUGAACGCAGAGAUUAACUGGAGUGACCCGAUCAAGCUGUUUCAGUCUGUGUUUGUGAUAACGUACAGAGAACCAGACAACCUGGAGUACGCAGCCUUCCAAAGUGAAUUGCACACCAGGGCUAAGCGGGAUUACGCUGUCAAACUCGAACCGUCGCUGGUGGACUUCAUAGCCGGCUGUUUCUAUGAUGGAUUUAAGCUGUACGCCAUAGCCCUGAACGAAACUUUGGCCGAGGGAGGCUUACCAAGCGAUGGAGUUACAAUCACACAGAAGAUGCAGAGCCGGAAAAUCUGGGGCGUUACGGGACUAGUAAGUACAGACAAGAACAAUGACCGGGACACUGACUUUACAAUCUGGGCCAUGACAAACCUCAAAACAGGACAGUACGGGAUUGUUGCCCAUUACAAUGGAACAAAUAAGGAAAUUGUUUGGUCGUCGACGGAGACGAUCCAGUGGCCCAAAGGAAGGCCGCCUCUCGAUGAUCCGCCUUGUGCCUUUUCUUUAGACCAUCCGUCGUGUAAUGAAACAGGUCAUAUCACAGUACUUGGGAUUGUUGCUGUAGGAUCUGGUCUAGCUCUUGUCAUUUUUGGAAUAUCAAGUUUUCUCAUUUACAGAAAACUGAAGCUGGAGAAAGAGCUGGCUGGCAUGUUAUGGAGAAUCAGGUGGGAGGACCUCCAGUUUGAAAGCCCUAACAAAUACCACAAGCGUGCGGGAAGCCGGCUCACUCUCUCACAGCGCGGAUCCAGUUACGGCUCGCUGAUAACUGCUCAUGGAAAGCAUCAGCUGUUUGCAAAAACAGGCUAUUUUAAGGGCAACCUGGUGGCCAUCAAGCACGUUAACAAGAAAAGGAUCGAGCUGACGAGACAAGUGCUGUUUGAACUGAAACACAUGAGGGACGUCCAGUUUAACCACCUGACCAGGUUUAUUGGCGCCUGCAUUGAUCCCCCCAACAUCUGCAUCGUGACUGAAUACUGCCCUAGAGGGAGUCUACAGGACAUUCUGGAGAAUGAAAGCAUUAAUUUGGACUGGAUGUUCCGAUAUUCAUUAAUCAAUGAUAUAGUAAAGGGAAUGAAUUACCUUCACAACAGCUAUAUUGGAGUACAUGGAAAUCUGAAGUCCUCCAACUGUGUCGUCGACAGCCGAUUUGUGUUGAAAAUCACAGACUACGGGUUAGGUAGUUUUCGGUCAUGUUGUGAAAACGAAGACCCGCAUAUACUCUAUGCAAAAAAGCUUUGGACUGCUCCAGAAUUGUUGAUAUACGACCGACAUCCCCCACAGGGGACCCAGAAAGGGGAUGUAUACAGUUUUGGUAUCAUACUACAGGAAAUAGCCCUCAGAAAUGGGCCCUUUUACAUAGAAGGCAUGGAUCUGAGCCCAAAAGAGAUCGUACAGAAGGUGAGGAAUGGGCAGAAGCCAUACUUCCGGCCAACUGUGGACACAAGCUGCCACUGUGAAGAGCUGGCUAUCCUCAUGGAGAGCUGCUGGGCAGAGGACCCAGCCGAACGUCCUGACUUCAGUCAUAUCAAGAUGUACAUCACGAGGCUCAACAAGGAGGGGAGCACCAGCAUUCUCAAUAACUUGCUAUCCAGAAUGGAACAGUAUGCCAAUAACCUGGAGAACCUGGUGCAGGAGCGGACACAGGCCUACCUGGAGGAGAAGAGGAAGGCCGAGAAUCUGCUGUACCAGAUCCUCCCACACUCUGUGGCAGAGCAGCUGAAGCGAGGCGAGACAGUCCAGGCAGAGGCUUUCGACAGCGUCACCAUAUACUUCAGCGACAUUGUCGGCUUUACGUCACUGUCAGCUGAGAGCACACCCCUGCAGGUUGUGACCUUACUUAAUGACCUUUACACCUGCUUUGAUGCCAUCAUUGAUAACUUUGAUGUCUAUAAGGUGGAGACGAUCGGUGAUGCCUAUAUGGUGGUGUCGGGCCUGCCUGUGCGUAACGGUAAACUUCACGCCCGCGAGAUCGCCAGCAUGUCGCUGGCUUUGCUCGAGCAGGUGAAAACCUUCAAGAUCAGGCACAGACCCAAUGACCAGCUGCGGUUGCGGAUCGGGAUCCAUACCGGGCCCGUGUGCGCUGGUGUCGUUGGCCUGAAAAUGCCACGAUACUGUUUAUUCGGGGACACUGUGAACACGGCAUCGCGCAUGGAAUCCAACGGCGAAGCCUUGAAGAUACACGUCUCCUCAGCCACCAAAGAAGUGCUGGAUGAGUUUGGUUAUUUUGAGCUCCAGCUGCGGGGGGACGUAGAGAUGAAGGGGAAGGGAAAAAUGAGGACAUACUGGCUGCUUGGGGAAAAAGCAGACGUCUAUGUGAUCUGACAUCCCCUCUGCCGCUGUGUGGAAAUGGAGAAGCCCCACACACAGAAACGGUACUUUAUUUGUUCUAAAAUAAGUAUUGAGGAGUGUUUCCUUUGCAAGAGGACAGCAAGGCGAUUUCCUAAAUUAUACGUUUGAAAAUGCUGGCCGGUACACCUCCCAAAAUGUAAACAUGUAAAGACGUUUUUAUGAAGAACUUUCUGCCACGCGAUUUCCAGUGAUAUAUUUUUAUUUUUCUGUUCACAGUAUAAGAUUUGUACAACGUGUUUUUAAAGCGACUUUGAAUAAUGUUUUCACGCAGAACACGUAAAUGGAUGGGGAGGGUCACAUGCCAUGUGUUCUGUGAUCGCUGGGGGCAUUACAGGUUCAGAGGUCAGAGUGACCUGGCCCCACUAAACACCAUAGUACAGCAUAAUAUAUGUAUAUAUGUAUAGCCAAGAUAUUGCAAAAUAUUUUGUUCAAUAAAUUGAAUCAAAUGCAAA